UGUUGCUGCUAUUAUUGCUGUUAUUGUGGUUGUUGUUGUUAUUGUGUUAUUAUUGCUGUUAUUGUGGUUGUUGUUCGUGCCGCUGGUCAGUUGUCCCCCUCACCCUGUGUUUCUCUUUGCCCGGCACAUGGAAGCUGGAAGGUGCUGCGCUCCCAGUACUCGCAGGUCCACGACAAGCAAAGCCGAGCUCUCAGCGUCACACAGAAACAAGAAUCGACCUUUGCUGCAAAGGAUUGGUGUGAGGAUGCAGAUGACUGGGGAGCCUGUGAUGGAGCAGAGGCUCCUGCAUGUGCCUCUCUGGAGCUGCUUGGCCUAAAGGAAGCUGUGAGCAGCGAGGUGGAAUGUGCAUCCCAGCUCCAGCAGCUCCACCUGUCUGAGCCUGCCCAUGGCCCAGGUGCCCAGGACACACCUCCUGCAGCCAGUGAGGACAUGGUGAUGGCAAUGGCUGCUUCAGCUCCUGUGUUCCAGCCCUUCUACAUCAACGUUGUGGAUGAGGAAGAUUACAUGGGUUUCCUUGAUAUGGAUCAUGCAGAUAAGCUACUGAAGGAGUAUCAGCAGAGAGAGUGCCUUGAUUUGGAGCAGAUGAUGUCAGAAAGUUUUGCAGGUGAAGAUGGUAAUGAAAAAUAUGAGAAGAGUGAAGUUAAAAACUGGGACCACACAUUCCAUAAAUUCAUGAAAAGAAUAUCUCUAUGUCCUGAACAGAUUUUAAGAUACUCUUGGGGUGGCCAGCCUUUAUUCAUCACGUGUCCUCCAGCCAACCUGGAGCAGGGUAUUCCAGCCUGCAGUGCCUGUGGGAGCAGCAGAGUGUUUGAGUUCCAGCUGAUGCCCACACUGGUCAGCAUGCUCCAGAGUGACUCAGAUCUGUCAGUGGAAUUUGGAACUGUUAUAGUUUACACAUGUGAGAGAAGCUGUUGGCCGACAGAUCAUCAAACCCCUCUUGAAGAAUUUAUUUUUGUACAAGAAGACCCGGAUCAGAGAUUAUUUAAAUAAAUUGUAUUUCUCUGCAUAGAUCAAAA